AAUGAGGUCAAGUUGUAUCCGCGGUUCCGUAGACAGAAAGUAAACACUAGGUGAAAGUAUUAGUUCUACAAGCUUAGUGGAAUAAGUGAAAAACAUGGUUAUAUGAGCGAAGACAAUGAUAGAAGACACCUUUACGGAGAAGAUACCCAGUUGCUGUCCUUGAAGUAUGGCGGAGUCCAUGUUUGCACAAGACAUCAUCAGGUGUGACAUCUGUCCAGCUGAUGUGGAGAAAGGCGCAGCGGAAAUUUUCUGUAAAAGCUGCAAGAAACACCUCUGUCAAUCCUGUAUAUCCAAACACGUGUUGUCCUCAACCGUCGAUCACAUAGUCGUGCAAUAUGUUGCUCACAGAAGAGUUAGGAGGCUGAUUUCUCCAACAGUAAUUCAAACAUUGAAGAGCGGGUUUAUACCUUCGUCUAGGGUAGUGAAGUCACGUGAUGGUAGCUUGUGGACCUUGGGGGAUAUGAAUACGGUGAAACAUUUGGACAUGAACGGAGUAGUUAUGGAAACAUACAGCAGUGGCUCCAUUCAUUCGCCAUAUCAUAUCACACAGAAGAAAGGAGGGGAACUCGUAUUUACGGUUAUGGCAGGCAAAGUUUUAAAUGCAAUUAUGGAUAAACAGAUUAAGACAAUUAUCACAUUUAGAGAGUGGACACCUCGAGGUCUCUGUGUCACCGCUAACGACGAUGUACUUGUUUCCAUGUUCAGGACGAAAGAACCAGACAAGAUUGUCCGAUAUUCCGGAGUAACUGUUAUUCAAGAAAUCUCGCGAGAUUCACAGGGAAAUUUCCUCUUUCGGGAUGCCUCUUUUGUUUGCGAAAAUACAAAUACAGACGUUUGCGUUAGCGAUGCAGAAGCACGCUGCGUUGUUGUCGUCAAAAACACGGGGGUCCCUCGAUAUAAGUACAGCGGUGGCUCCCAAUUAGAGUUUGACCCUGGGUGUGUUGCCUGUGAUAGCCAAAGCCACAUUCUUAUUGCAGACAAAUAUCAGCACUGCGUACAUAUAAUAGACAAAGACGGAAAAUUCCUAUCGCUCAUCGACAAACACUUUGUUAAAGUUCCUGUAGGAAUCCACGUGGGCGAAGAUGACACAUUGUAUGUGGCCGAAAGGAAGUCUGGGAAAAUCAAAGUCAUUAAAUAUAUGAGCCCCUAAAGAGGCAUUGUGAUCACAGAUCUUCUUUAAGGCCAUCUUAAAAAAUGUUUGGUUGUCCUCUCCCGACCGACUGACUAAAAUAUGGCCCGAAUCAUAACUUUUUAUGACAUAUAUUCUUGCCAUAGCAUUGCAUAGCAUUUCACACGAAAAUAUAAUUUAAUUU